UUCUGCCUCGGUAGCUUCAAGCUGGGGAAUUACCACCUCAGCACCUCAAUCUUUAUUACUUCUUUCUUUCCUUCUCAAUUCUCCACUUAUCUGUCUACUUACUUACACAAGAAGCGACAGACAACCCACCAACCCACCGCAUCCUCACCACCGCACUGCAUUCCGAAAAACAAACCACCCCACCACCCGCCAUGCCUCCAACCCCAAUCCCCAUCCCCAUCCCCUCCUUCUGCCUAAGCCAACAAUCCCUCCUCGACAUCGAACACGCCACUGAAAUCGCCUCCUCGCACCUCUCCACCUCCAACCCCACGUCCGCCAGCCCCAGCACCCGCCGCACCCUCCAAGCGACCGGCCACGCCCUCACAGGGAUAGUCCUCGUGCAGAGUCGGACGGGACUCGGGGGCCGCACGGUGGGAGAGUUCGGGGUUGAUUCCGCCGUUACGAAUACCAAAUCCAACAAUACCAAUAGCGAUAAUAAUACCAAGGGGGGAAAGAUGGGGAGCUGCGACUUGCGGCGCACGGGAUGAGGGUGGGUGAUGUGGUCAGGGUUUGUGAGAUAGUUUCGGGGAAGGAGAAGGAGAAGGAGAAGGAUAGG